AUGGCGGACUUGCCAGCUGUUCGGGUACGUCAAGCAUAUCCAUUUGAAAAUACUGGAUGCGACUAUGCCGGACCGCUUCUGCUCAAGGUGCACAAGGGAAGGAAUCCACGAAAGGAAAAAGGAUACAUCUGCUUAUUUGUCUGCCUAGUGACCUCCGCAAUUCAUUUGGAGUUGGCUACAGAUCUCAGCACGGAGACAUUUCUCGCUGCACUUCGUCGUUUUAUCUCCCGUCGAGGCAAGUGUACCCACAUCUUCAGCGACAACGGUCGCAACUUUGUGGGAGCUAAGAAGGUGUUAGACGACAUGUAUAAGCUCAUCGUGUCACAGCAGCAUAACACUCAAGUAACUCAAUCGUUGGCCAGCGGGGGUAUCAAAUGGAGUUUCAUACCACCGCACGAGUUACCAGUCGUAGGUCGAACAUUUUCGAACUAUUCGACCGAUAUCCACUCGGCACCUCAGGCUACCUACAAAUCAAGUGCACUGAACGAAUAG